AUGAGGAAUGAUAAUCAAAGCAGUGCAUCUGAAUUCAUCCUCUUGGGGCUCCCUAUCAGAAAGGAAGAGCAAGGCAUGUACUAUGCCCUGUUCCUGGUCCUGUACCUGACCACAGUGCUGGGGAACCUGCUCAUCAUCCUGCUCAUCAGGCUGGACUCCCACCUCCACACCCCCAUGUACUUCUUCCUCAGCCACUUGGCUCUCACUGACAUCUCGUUCUCAUCAGUCACAGCUCCAAAAAUGCUCAUGAAUAUGCUCACUCAUAGUCAAUCCAUCUCUUAUGCUGGGUGCAUUUUCCAGGUAUAUUUUUUUAUAUUAUUUGCAAGUCUUGACAGCUUUCUUCUUACCUCAAUGGCCUAUGACAGAUAUGUGGCCAUCAGUCACCCCCUCCACUACCACGUAAUCAUGAGUCAUAUCCUUUGUUACUUGCUAGUGAUUGCAUCCUGUUUCCUGUCCUUUUCUGCUGCCCUUGUGCACACUCUCCUCCUUGCCCGUCUGUCUUUCUCUAGAGACAACACGCUUCAUCACUUUUUCUGUGACCUCUCUGCCUUACUUAAGCUGUCCAGUUCAGAUACCGCCAUCAAUGAGCUAGUUGUACUCAUUGUAGGAUCAAUGUUUAUUACUCUGCCAUUCAUGUGCAUUAUUGUGUCUUAUGGCUGCAUUGGGGCCACAAUCCUGAGUGCUCCCUCCAUUAAGGGAAUUUGCAAAGCCUUGUCCACAUGUGGUUCUCAUCUCUCUGUAGUUACUCUCUAUUAUGGAGCAAUUAUUGGUCUCUAUUUUGUCCCCUCCUCUAAUAACACUAAUGACAAGGACGUCAUUGUGGCUGCUCUGUACAGUUUGGUCAUACCCAUGCUCAAUCCCUUUAUCUACAGUCUGAGGAAUCGGGAUAUGAAAAGUGCUUUCAGAAAUAUCCUUAAUAGAGGAAAUUUUUCAUGUGUGAUGGUCAUUGUAUUUUGA